AUGGAAGUAAACGAAACCUGCGAAUUAGAUGAAACUGAAUCAGAAAGAUCAAUUACUAGCAGAAUCCAAGAAGUUAUUGACUCAUCAACCAAUUAUAAUAAGGCAAAGGGAAAGGAAAUUGAGGUAACUGAUGGCCCUAUCGCUAGUCGAACUGGAAAGGCUCAACAACAAUCGACUCCAGCAGGAAAUACAGUUAAAGACACUUCCACUAGUCUUACGAAAGCACUCUUCGUAACGACUAUUCUAUCAUUAAUGUUAACCCAGGCAAUAGCAACGAAGAAUUGCAAUUGGAUUUCAGGGAUACCGUUCAAUAUUCCGGAAAG